AUGGUAGGAGUCUAUCCCGCUGAAGCAGUCAAUGGCUCGAUAGAGCACAUUUCAGAUGAUUUAAAAUUGCCAAAACAGCCAUUCUUCAGGAAGUACUUCAUGGCUGGUCAACAAAUGUCCGAUCCAACAGAUCAACAUGUUCCUGAUGACGCAGAUUUCGUUGAAAGAUUUUUGAUCACUAAAAGGAAAUAUAUCGCAUUUUGUUUGCCUGUGAUUCUUGUACAUAUAUUCUGGUGGCUAACCGCUUAUCGAUAUAACUGGUUACCACUCUUUGCAUAUCGAUGGCAAAUGCCUGCGGUCAUGGUCAUCGGAUCCACAGUUGCUGGUUGGUUACACUAG